GAGGUGUGGCUUUCCUUUAGUCGCUGUUUCCUUGUUUAUAAACCUUCUCCUUUAGAGCUCAUGGUAUGAAAUGGAAAUAAACACGUUUAACGUCACAUAGGUUUUUCUUAGUAGAACCUGUGGUCUGUACUUCGUAGCGACACUUUUUUAAGCACCUAUCUUGGUACGUGAUAUAUUUCAGGUUUACUUCAAAUGGCAGGUUGGAAAGUCUUUCUCGUCUCAUGUGUCAUAAGAGUUGGCAUCGUUUCUGUUUUUGGGGAUUGUGAUGAUCCACCAAGAUCAGAAAAGGCUGUUGUGGAUACAAAUUUGAAUGCAUUUCCUGUGAACAUUAUACUGACCUACUCGUGCCGUCCUGGUUACAUUUGGGAUCGUUCAUCAAAUAAAAAAGUUGUUUGUCAAGAAAAUUCAACAUGGACAGAGCUUAAAAUCACCUGCACCCCCAAGAGUUGUGGUUCUUUGCCGGAUGUACCGCAUGGAAGUAUCCAGUAUAGCGAUGAUGUUGUUUUUGGCUCUGUUGCUUUGAUAACUUGUGAUGAAGGAUAUAAUAUAGUUGGAAGAAAUCAAAGAGUUUGUUUGGCUGAUGGAUGGGAUCAUCAGAAUCCAGAAUGUGAACCUGUAAAGUGCGACACCCCCCCAGAAGUAGUAGAUGGGACUUUUGAAUUGGGCUCAUCUUCUCAAGAUAUACCAGUUGGAACUGUUGCCACCUACAAAUGUAAAACGUUUCAGCUUAUUGGCAAUCAGAUUAUUCACUGUACUAACUCAGGAAAAUGGAGCGAUUCCCCUCCUGUCUGCAAAGAUGUGAAAUGCCCAGAUCCACAAGUUGCCAAUGGGGUUAAGACAAGUAAUUUUGGGCCGACUUAUCGCUACCUGGAUUCUACUGAAUUUGAAUGCAGAUCAGGCUUUUGGAUGAAUGGCUCUUCAACAAUUACAUGCAAGGAAGAUAAUAAUUGGGAUCCUUCACCCCCAACCUGUGAGCGUAAGUAGAUGUUAACUUACCAU